CGGCCCUCGGGAACCACCCAAUCAAAAGAUGGAUGGUCGGAGAUGUUGAAGUGCAGAUCCCGAGGCCGCUCUUCUCCCAUCCGACGGUCCUCUGCGCUCAAGGCAUUCUACCGUGCGGGAGAGGAUCCCAAUCCCACCUUAAUUACCCCAGGGAUUACAUGCAAAUAUGCAAUUCGUAAUGGUCAUGCGGAACUCGCUGCACUGGGCCCACGUGAGGCGAGUUUUUUAACGUGGUCCGCCUUUUCGUAUGUACUGUAUAGGGCUCCAUCGCAUCGGACUUUGAAAUUCUAAAUUAAGCCGGUAAAUCUCCACCAUAAUCACAGAUUACGCACUUAAUUAAAUCUAGGCCUAUAACUCGGAUCUAUAUCGAUCGAUCUAUGUUUGCUUAAUUAAGCAAUUUCCUUUUUUAGAGAAUUGAGGAAUCGAAAUUCCUUUUUUAGAGACUUAAGGAAUUUCUUAAUCGACUAAUUAACCAAGAUCGAAGAGAUGAACUUGGAUAAUCCUGAACUGAUGGCGCAGGCCGCCGCGCAGCCAACCUAUCUCGACGCUGCUUCUCACUCCGGCAGCUAUGCUCUUCUUACAACGCACCAGAUUCAGAAGAUCCUUGAAGAUAACACAAAACUGAUUUUGGCUAUAAUGGAAUGCAAUAAUCUCGGGAAAAUGGCCGAAAGUGCUGAGUAUCUAGACAUUCUCCAGGAGAACUUGACAUAUUUAGCUGCAAUGGCGGAUGUGGUACCACCACAAGGAUCAGGAAUAGCCUCUCAGGAGCCGGUCAUAUCAGGUUCUGCUCCUCCACAAGAAACACAGUUGGUUCCGCCGCCGGAAUCGCAUGCUUCUUCUUCCGUUCGUAAACAGGAACAAAGUGCUGAACCAGUUACGAAUCCGCCGCCGCCGUUGCUGCAGCCUAACGCCGCCCUUCUUCCUCAAGAACAUGUCCUCCAGCAGCAGCAGCAACAGUUCCAGAGUUGCCUUGGGUUUGCUAGGUUUUCAUCCAUGAGUGGAAUGCAGCAGAUCAUGCGAGCGGCCGGGCAAGCCACCUCAGGUAGUAAUGGCUGCAUGAAUGUUCAAGGAAGCAUGCAGCCCUCUACUGCUAGUGAUGGUCUAAUGAAACCACAGUAUUGGGGAGUUGAUGGCCAUGCUGAUGUAAACUAAUGUUGUGAUAAGUGUCUGCAUGCAUGCUUUUGCAAUGAUAUGUUGGGCUAGGUAGACCUUGAACUUAUAACUCUGUCAUUUCGUAGUUUCGUAUAGUACUUGAUUGAUUUAGAGAAUAUGUCCAUAUAAUUUUAAUGUGUGUCUAGUGGAGGAAUAGUAGGUUAAUUA